UCAGAGGGAAGAGAUGCCGCUGAAGAGAGACGAUACUCAGCGAGCGCUGCAGGUGAUGGAGGCCUGUUCUGAAGGGGUCAAGGGUGACGCAGAGAAGCUACUUAACAUCUUCCAGAGUGACCUCUUUCAGGCAUUGCUCGACAUUCAGGAAUUCUACGAGCUGACAGUUUGUGAAAGCCACACCACGAGCCCCCUGCAUACACCUGUUCAGAAGUAUCGUUACCAUGACGAUGACCAACCAAGCCCUGGGAACGUGACUGAUGGACACGCCCCCGAGUUGACGCGCACACACCUGGACACACACAUACAGCCGGCUGCCCUAACUAUGAACGGAUCUGAAGGCGAGCUGGAGUAUGAAGAGAUCACGUUGGAGAGGGGAAACUCGGGGCUGGGCUUCAGUAUUGCUGGAGGAACUGACAAUCCUCACAUUGGAGAUGAUCCAUCAAUUUUUAUUACUAAAAUAAUUCCUGGAGGAGCUGCUUCUCAGGACGGACGUCUCAGGGUGAACGACAGUAUCGUGUUUGUCAACGACGUGGACGUGCGUGAGGUCACUCACUCCGUGGCGGUAGAGGCCCUGAAAGAGGCGGGGCCUGUUGUCCGGCUGUAUGUUCUGCGGCGACGCCCACCGAGCGAACAUGUGACGAAGAUCAAACUGAUGAAAGGACCCAAAGGUCUGGGCUUCAGCAUCGCUGGUGGGAUUGGGAACCAGCACGUCCCGGGAGACAACAGCAUCUACGUUACCAAGAUCAUUGAGGGUGGAGCAGCGCAGCGGGACGGUCGGCUCCAGAUCGGCGAUAAGAUCCUGGCGGUCAACCAUUUGUCUCUGGAGGACGUUCUGCACGAAGACGCUGUGUCAGCUUUAAAGAACACGGGCGAGGUGGUCUACUUGAAGGUGGCCACGCCCACCUCCCAUUACAUCCACCCGACAGAUCGAUUCAGCCCCCCCGACCUCACCAGCUCCUACAUGGAGCCAGACUACAUGUGUGAUUACCCGCAAGCCCUACCGCCGCCGUCACCGCAACGCUACUCGCCGCUUCACCGUGGCAUGAUGGGAGAGGAUGACUACGGUCGGGAGCCUCGUCGAGUGUGCGUGCAGCGCGGUGCCAGUGGUCUGGGCUUCAACAUCGUGGGUGGCGAGGAUGGCGAAGGAAUCUUUAUCUCCUUUAUUCUCGCCGGAGGACCGGCGGAUCUCAGCGGAGAACUCCAGAAGGGGGAUCAGAUACUCAGCGUAAAUGGCGUGGAUCUCAGAUUUGCCACACAUGAACAAGCUGCAGCCGCUCUUAAAAACGCUGGUCAAACCGUUACCAUAGUAACACAAUACAGACCAGAGGAAUACGGACGCUUCGAAGCCAAGAUCCACGACCUACGCGAACAGAUGAUGAUCAGCUCACCAGGAAGUCUGCGCGCCAGCCGCAGCUUCUACGUCAGGGCCUUGUUUGACUACGACAAGACGUGGGACUGCGGCGUCCUGUCACAAGCGCUGGACUUCAACUUUGGGGAGGUGCUUCACGUGAUUGACAGCUCAGACGAGGAGUGGUGGCAGGCCAGACGGGUUAACCAGCAGGGGGAGAUUGAGGAGCUGGGAUACAUCCCCUCCAAACACAGGGUGGAAAGGAAAGAGUGGUCACAAAUGAAGAGCAAAGGUUUCGUUCAAAGCUACGAGGCGGUCACACAGACCGAAGUGGACUACGCCCGACCCGUCAUCAUCCUGGGGCCGACCAAAGACCGAGUCAACGACGAUCUGCUGACUGACUUCCCAGACAAGUUUGGCUCCUGCGUCCCACAUACAACUCGCCCUCGCAGGGACUACGAAAUGGACGGGCGGGACUACCACUUCGUGUCAUCGCGAGAACAGAUGGAGCGCGACAUUCAGUCGCAUCACUUCAUUGAGGCAGGACAGUACAACAACCACCUGUAUGGCACGUCGGUGCAGAGCGUCAGACAGGUGGCCCAACAGGGCAAGCACUGUAUCCUGGAUGUGUCGGCCAACGCAGUGAGGAGGCUGCAGGCAGCUCAGCUUCAUCCCAUCGCCAUCUUCAUCAGACCACGAUCUCUAGAGAAUGUGCUUGAUCUGAACAAGCGCCUGUCAGAGGAUCAAGCCAGGAAAGUUCUCGAUCGAGCCAUCAAAAUGGAACAGGACUUCCUUGAGUGUUUCACUGCCAUCGUGCACGGGGACACCUUCGAGGAGGUUUACCACCAGGUCAAAGUGGUCAUCGAGGAGCAGAGCGGUCCAUACAUUUGGGUGUUGACCCGCGACAGGCUCUGAUUGAUCAUCCCCUCCCUUGCACAUAUUGUUUUCGUGACGGUGUAUCCACGGCGACACAGGGCGGGAGUGGGCAUAUGUGAUCAGAUCCGUAUCAUAACACUUAUAGAAUUUAUCUAACAUGUUUAUAUUAUCCUAUUUAUUUAUUGUAUUUAUGGAUUGAUUUAAUCGUGCUGUACAUGGGCUGUGUGUGUGUGUGUGUGUGUGUGUGUGUGUGUGUGUGUGUGUGUGUGUGUGUGUGUGUGUGUGUGUGUGUGUGUGUGUGUGUGUGUGUGUGUGUGUGUGUGUGCGCGUGCGUGUGACUGUAAAUACAACUAUGGGGCUUAAACAAACGUGCGCACGCACAUACACACACACACAGACACACACACAGUGAGUUCAGGGCUUUCACUUCACGCAAUGCUUUGCUUUGACCACCACAAACAUGGUCAUGUCCUGAUCACAUGACCAGAGCAUUGGGGGAGGGCUCAAAUGGAGCCUUUUUAUCUAUGGGAAUCUGCCCUCUCCUCGACAUGUCUGGACUUCACCUCCCUCAACUCCUUUUGUGCAGCAACAACACUGUGGUCACAUCACGGCUCCGCCACCUGAGCUAAUGCUAACUACUAAUGACUUCCCAUGCUUCCCAUCUGCUGAGUAAGUGUGAGCGAAUGAUGACAAUGAGUCCGAUUAAAUCUUGGAAUAAUGAG